AUGUCCCAAGAUCUCAGCGCAGCUGGUGGCUCACACGACAUUGUCUCGUUCAGCAAUGGCGACAAGACCAACCCGUACAAUUGGUCGACGGCCAAGAAGAUCGGUAUCAUCGCUAUCGGUAGCUUGAUCGGCUUGAAUAGUACCAUUGCAAGCUCCCUUCCUAGUUUGGCCUCGCCGCAGCUGCGACAGCACUUCAACGUCGCCAGCCAGGAACAGCUUGUGCUACCAAACUCCGUCUACCUCAUCGGCUAUGUGGUAGGCCCGACAAUCUGGGCCCCUAUUUCAGAGUCUUAUGGACGACGAUGGAUCAUCAUCACCACCUUCAUAGCAUACACUGUUUUCAUGCUGGCCUGCGCCCUGGCCCCCAAUUGGGCAGCCUUCAUCAUCUUUCGUUUCUUGACAGGGCUAUUCGGCGCUACACCGAUAUCGCUCACUGGAGGACUCUUCGCAGAUGUCCUUGACAAUCCGGUCUGGCGGGGGCGGUCCAUUGCUUGGUUCAUGGUGGUAGCUUCAUUUGGACCCGCGGCUGGGCCUAUUCCAUCUGGAUAUCUUGCUGAGAUCAGCUGGCGGUGGCCAUUCUGGUUCGGACUUAUCCUCGCUGGUGUCACCAUACCACCUGUGCUUCUCUUACCAGAGACCUUCGCACCCGCCUUGCUCAUGUCGAAAGCCCGACGAGUACGGAAAACUCAACCUGGCGUCAAAGUCUACGCGCCUCUAGAGCUGAAACACACGACACCACGACAAUUGAUCACACAAGUGCUGGGCAGGCCACUACGAAUGAUUGUUGCAGAGCCAAUCGUGAGCGCAUGCUGCCUCUAUCUCUCCUUGAUAUAUGGUAUCAUCUUUAUGCUUUUCCAAGCAUACUCGGUCAUCUUUCAGCCUAUCUACAACUUUGGACAAGGAGAAGUGGGGUUGGCCUUCAUUCCGAUGUGCAUCGGCAUCAUCGCGGCAAUCCCUCCUUGUCUGUGGUACGAUCAUGUGCUGAAGCAGGCCAAAGAAAGACGCAAAGUCUGGGCUUCCAAAGAAGAAUAUCAACGUCUGCCACUCGGAUGCUUCGGUGGGCCACUCAUCACAAUUGGUCUCUUCUGGACUGGAUGGGCGGCAAGGCCUAAUGUGCAUUGGAUUUUGCCUAUGCUCGGUGGUGUUCCCUUCGGCAUCGGAUUUGUCCUCAUCUUCAUCGCUCUCUUCAAUUACCUGGUAGAUUCUUAUAAGAUCUACUCCGCCAGUGCGCUCGGUGCAACGAGCAUCGCACGGAGUACCUUUGGAGUCGUGCUGCCUUUUGCGGCUCGGCCUAUGUAUGACGCGCUUGGCGUCGCGUGGGCUUGCAGUCUUCUGGGCUUCUUGAGUUUGCCCAUGUGCUUGAUUCCUUUCGCAUUUAUCAGGUAUGGACCCCAGUUGAGAGAGAAGAGUCCAGUGUGCAAAGAACUGGCACAGGAGCAAGCAAAGAAGAAUGCCGAGGCAGUUUCCAGGGAGAAAUAA